UGUAAACAAAUAUAGGUGAAUUCAUAUGGAAAGUUUUAUUAACUAGCGAAAAUGCAAUUUACUUGCGUUAUUUGUGAAGAAGUGCAUAGCGUAACGCAAAUUAAAAAGCUGUUGGAUGUUUCGACAAUAUUCUAUAAGCUAACAUCAUUAGAGGUUUCCCAAUUAAACGAUAUUCAAUCACUAAAUAUUUGUAACGGAUGCAAUCAGAAGCUGUUCGAUUUUGAUAAUUUUCGAACACUCUGUUUGGCAGGUUACGAGAAGCUUACGCAGGAUCGUAAAGAAACGCUACAGGAAUGCACGAAUAACAGCGACGAAAUAUACGAUCAAGCUGUUUAUGAAGAAGAUAAUAAAUACGAUGCAUCUGCUGACAACGCGCUGCUAGAGGAAACCCGAGUUGUAGAAAUAAUCACCUUAAACAGUAUUACGCCGGAAGAUGAUAGCAUUGUGGUGAAAGGUGAAACCUUUGAGGCCGUCGAUCAAACCAUUUCCUCGGAAGACGAUACCAAAAAUGAAGAUAGCAAAGAUAAACGACCGCCUAUUAAACGUAUCGAUUUAAAAUGCCAUUUGUGCGACCAAAGGUUUCGGUCCCAGAAUCGAUUGGACGGUCACAUACGGGUGCACCAAGGUUUGAAGCCCGCGUUGUGUAAGAUUUGUGGAAAAGAUUUUACCGACUGGAGGAACCUAAAAAGGCACAAUGCGGAAAAACACUUGAAGCUUGAUCAUGGUAACUUUCGGUGUGAUUAUGAAGGUUGCAACCUAUCGUUUACCACUGGCAAGGGUUUUAAGAGCCACAAGAGGAAGCACGAUCCGGACUAUGUUAGGCCCGUGCCGAAGAAAUGCAUCUGCGAAAUGUGUGGUAAAACAUUUUCUUCUCAGGGAGCAUUGAAGAAACAUUCAUACAUUCACACGGGCGGUAUGCCGUUUCACUGUGAGAAAUGCAACAAAAGCUAUCCUACCUCGUACAAGCUGAAGGUGCACAUGAUGCGACAUCAGGGUAUCAAGAAUUUCGAAUGUUCUUACUGUGGGUUGAAAAAAACCACUUCCGACGAACUGAAAAUGCAUAUGAACUAUCACACGAAGGAGAAAGUCCAUACCUGCAACUAUUGCGGACAAAAGUUUUUAACUUCAGGCAAUUUUGCGAGGCACAUUAAACUUGUACACCGUGGCAUUAAGGAAUUCAAGUGUACGUACUGCGAACGAACGUUUGGUAAGGCGGAAACUUUGAAGAAUCAUGUCAUGACGCAUACCGGGGAAAAGCCGUAUAAAUGCUCCGUGUGUUUGAAACAGUUCAUUCAAUCGUACGCAUUCCAAACACACAUCAAAACUCACGAUAAGCAGAAAAGGGGAAAAUGUGGCGGAGCAGCAACCAGUGGAAGCGUGAAAGCUACGCAGUCCACAGAUCCACCGUGAUUCUAAAGUCCUCCAGUAAUAUGUACAUCACGAACUUACUCAGUAAAGCUCCGUGACAAGAACUUAUCGAAUAAUUACUACUUACUUAUCAGACGCUACAACCGCUUCGUGGUCUUUGCAUGCUACAGAAGUCCUCUAAAUCGUUUACGGUUGAACCAACCGGCGUCGGCCAAACCAAAAUCCGGGUGAACGAAU